UGAAAAGGCAGAAUCUGAAAGUUCAGAUCAAUGCAACAGAUGACACCGUUUGCAUGAGAUACCUUCGACCAAGUCAGAACACCAAACUAGAAGGUUUUGUACUGGGUUAUGGGAGCAACUUCUUCUCUAAUCAGUACAUUCCUUUACCUUCGGAAGGAAAACCCUACAUAACAGAACUUGAUGCAGAGCCACGGUAUUUGGUUUCAGUAAGACCAGCACGUGUUUCAAAUAACAAGAAAUCUUGUUCAGGUCGGACCAAGACUCAAAAGCCUCUGCAGCUGGUAGUUGGCACUCUUACACCAACCUCUGUGUUCCUGUCUUGGGGCAUCCUAGUCAACCCUCAACAUGACUGGACAGCAACAAGUAACUGUGCUAGUGACAGGUUCUAUACAGUUCGCUACAGAGAAAAGGAUAAAGACAAGAAAUGGGUUUUUCAGCUUUGCCCAGUGACAGAGACGGUGGUGGACAAUCUGAAGCCAAACACACUUUAUGAGUUUGGAGUUAAAGACAACAUAGAGGAUAGUAUUUGGAGCAAGACUCUCAAUCAUAAGACAGUUAUUUCUA